AUCUGUUAUAAACAAAUUUAGUUGUUCCUAAAUCAUUUUUACGUUGUUGGAUGAAUUUUAUCUAUGAUGAAAGUGAACUUCGCAUUUUUUGUGUGCAUAUAGUGUACAUACAUUGUAUGGUAUGCUAUUUCAAAUUUCAAUGAAACUUUAAGUAAACAGUGAAACGGAAUAUUUGGCCUUCUCAUCAUGAUGACAAAAAAAGUCGUCCUAACCUCAAAAUUGGGAAAGAAGUUUUCAACAAUUUUUAAUAUUACAAGAAAAAUGUCCAGUGAUCAAAGCGAUGUUAUAAUACAAAACGUAAGAGACAAAGGCGUUAUAAUUUUGAAUAGACCAAAAGCUCUAAAUGCGUUAAAUAUUUCUAUGGUGAGAAAAAUAUAUCCUGUACUAAAAGAAUGGGAAGAUAAAAAAACUCUGGUUAUAGUAAAAGGAGCUGGUGAGAAAGCAUUUUGUGCAGGGGGAGAUGUUAAAUCUGUAGUAGAAGCAGCAAUAAAAGGUGAUAAGUCUGUUGGUCAAACGUUUUUCAAAGAGGAAUAUAUUACAAAUGGCCUUAUUGGUGCAUAUAAAAUUCCAUAUAUUGCUUUUAUUGAUGGGAUAGUUAUGGGUGGUGGUGUAGGACUGUCUGUUCAUGGAAAAUACAGAAUAGCAACAGAAAGAAGUUUAUUUGCAAUGCCUGAAAUGCAAAUUGGCCUUUUCCCCGAUGUUGGAGGUUCAUACUUUUUACCAAGACUAAGUGGAAGACUUGGUUUGUAUUUAGCAUUAACAGGACAUAGACUUAAAGGAGCAGAUGUGUUAAAGGCUGGUAUAGCUACUCAUUUGUGUGAAAGUAAUAAGUUGAAUGAAUUAGAAGAGGCCUUACUGAAUUGUUCUAAUGAACAAGAUAUUAUAACCACCUUAAACAAUUUUAGUAAGCCAGAUAAUGCAGACUUCUCUCUUACAUCUGUCAUGGAAAAAAUUAAUCAAUGCUUUUCUGCAAAUUCCAUUGAGGAAAUUUUAGUAAGAUUAGAAAAAGAUGGAUCGAUAUGGGCAGAAAAUACAAUUAAACUUUUAAGUAAAAUGUCUCCAACUAGUUUGAAAAUCACAUUCAAGGAACUUGAGCUGGGUCAAAAAUUAAAUUUACAAGACUGCUUACAAAUGGAAUACAGAUUAGCUUAUCAUUGUCUAGAACAUAAAGAUUUUCUUGAAGGUGUUAGGGCAUUACUAAUAGAUAAAGAUCAAAAUCCAAAAUGGGAUCCACCCUCAUUAUCUGAGGUUACUCAGGAUAUAAUAGAAAAGCAUUUUUCUGAUGUACCUGAAGAACAAGAAUUAAAAAAUAAACUGUGAUAAUAUAGUCUUUCAAAAGGUGAUCAGUAAAUAUAUAUUGUUAAAAAAUUUUAAAUGUUGGAUAUGGAUUUAAUAAAUGGAAAUAGAUAAAAG